AUGAUUAAUAACACAACAUUGAGCUUAUAAAAAAAACGAGAGAUAUUUGCUCUGAAUGUUAAACGUAUUGACAGAGAGACUUUAUUUCAAAAUAAUAGAAAAAAAAUGUUGUAGUAAAACAUUAAUGAAGUUGAAUUGGAUAAAACACUUCAUCUUCUUAAUGGUGCAAUUACAAUUUAUAGUAAAAAGGAUAUUAAAAAUUACUUAAAGUAAAUCUAUGAAUAAAAUCACUUCAAUUAAGAAUAAGAAAUUAAAUUAGUUCAUUUAAUUGAAACACUGUUUAAGUUAAAAGUUGAAGAUGAUACUUCUGCUUUACAUAAUGAAUGUUUAAAUAUUUUAGUAAAAUUAAGUUUGUUUAGCAAUUCAACGUAAGAAUUGUUUAACAUAUUGUAAACACUUUAUAAAUUAAUGGAAAAGUACAACAAUCAUAUUAAUCAAGCACUUUCUUACUAAAUUUUAGAUAAAAUUCUUGCUUUUAUAGGUAUAAAUAUAUAUAUAUAAAAUAAUUAGGUAAUAUUUCAUGUAAUAAUGGAUUUAUUAGUGCAUUUUAAGCAAAUUUAAUUGAUAUUUUAUAAUAUUAGAUAAUUUUUGGGCAAAAAAGAUUGUUAUUUUAAGCAAUAUGGGCAUUGAAUAAUAUUUUAUAUGCAAUUCACAAUGAGACUUCUUUAUUAAAUUAAGUAUUGAUAAAGAUAGGUUAAUCAGAAUUACCUCAAUACUUAAUAUAAUAUGUGAAGAAAAAUGAAAAUAAACUUGAUAAAAAUUAAUUGAUUUAAAUAUAUUGGUUGUAUGCAGAAUUAUCACAAAUAAUUCCAUGUGACAUUGCUUAAUUACAAAUAAAGGAAUCAGAUAGUGAAGAAUUAUAAUUAAUAAGUUUAUUCAUCUAUACUAAUUUAACAGGAUAAUAAAUAAUUCCUACAAAUUGUAAUAUAAAUUAGCUUUUUAAUAUGAUCCCAGUUUCAAAUACUUUAGUUUAAAGAUAACUUUUAGUAAUUAUUUCUAAUUUAGUUCUUUUGACAGAAAUUGAUUAAGAAGCAUUAAAGAAUUUAAUUUUAUUUGCCUUUCCUAUUUGUCCUGUAAUUAAAAUUUUUAUUUUUAGAUAGACACUAUGUUUUUAUUACAUAAUUGUCAAUUCAAAUUCAAUUUGUAAUUAAGUCCAAAUGAAACAAAUACUAUUCUAAGAAUUAUUGAUGAACUUUAAUAGGAUUCUUUAAUAUAAGACUUAGUAAAGCAAUUAAAAUUAAAUAAUUGA